UUACGUGAAGCCGCGGGACGGAAACAACGGAAGGAGCGCCUGGAAAGGAGAGCGGGGCGCGCUUCCUGUUUGUCGUCAAGAAGGGCCAGCGGAGGCUCGAGCGCGUAACGACCAGUGGCUGGGGGAGCGGCCCGAGCGGUGUCUGGGCGAGAGCGACUGCCGCCAUCAUGGCUCUGUCGGAGAGUCAGCUGAAGAAAAUGCUCGGCAAGUACAAGUACAGAGAUCUGACAGUUCAGGAAACUAUCAGUGUUAUUACCCAGUACAAAGACCUCAAGCCUGUAAUGGAUGGAUAUGUUUUUAAUGAUGGCUCUUCAAGAGAAUUGAUGAGUCUCACUGGAACCAUUCCUGUAACUUACAGAGGUAACACAUACAAUAUUCCGAUUUGUCUGUGGCUGUUGGAUAGUUAUCCAUUCAAUCCCCCAAUCUGUUUUGUUAAACCAACAAGUUCAAUGACAAUUAAAACUGGGAAACAUGUGGAUGCAAAUGGCAAAAUAUAUCUUCCAUACCUACAUGAAUGGAAACAUCCGCAGUCGGAUUUAAUAGGAUUGAUUCAAGUUAUGAUUGUGGUGUUCGGAGAGGAACCUCCAGUCUUUUCUCGGCCUACCAUUUCAGCGGCCUACCCACCUUACCCAGCAACAGGACCACCAAACACUUCCUACAUGCCCGGUAUGCCAAGUGGGAUGUCUGCUUUCCCCCCAGGACCACCUCCUAACCCAAGUGGCUACCCAAGCUAUCCUUACCCUCCCCCUAGUGGAUCAUUUCCAGCAACAACUAGUACGCAGCAUUACCCUUCUCAGCCUCCUGUGACUACUGUGGGUCCCAGCAGAGAUGGCACAAUUAGUGAGGAUACUAUUCGAGCUUCUCUUAUUUCGGCAGUCAGCGAUAAGUUGAGAUGGCGUAUGAAAGAAGAAAUGGAUCGUGCCCAGGCAGAACUCAAUGCCUUGAAACGCACAGAAGAAGACCUGAAAAAGGGUCACCAAAAACUUGAAGAGAUGGUGACUCGCCUAGAUCAGGAAGUGGCUGAAGUUGACAAGAAUAUUGACCUCCUAAAAAAGAAAGAUGAAGAGCUGAGUUCUGCUCUGGAAAAAAUGGAGAGUCAGUCAGAAAAUAAUGACAUAGAUGAAGUGAUUGUUCCCACGGCACCACUUUACAAGCAGAUUCUGAACUUGUAUGCUGAGGAAAAUGCCAUUGAAGAUACCAUUUUUUAUUUGGGUGAAGCAUUGAGACGUGGAGUUAUUGAUCUUGAUAUUUUUCUAAAGCAUGUCCGUCUCUUGUCUCGCAAGCAAUUCCAACUGAGGGCCCUGAUGCAGAAAGCAAGAAAGACUGCAGGACUCAGUGAUCUUUACUGACCCAUGGCUUAGAAAGUGAUGGUGUACACAAAACGGUCAUUCUCAUUUAUUUUUCCUUUUAAUCAGUAGGUGGCCAGAAUAAGUUAUUACAUCAUUCAAUUGUAAGAUAUUUUGAAUGGAUAAUAUAUUUUCUUUUCUUUGGUAAGCCUUUUAUUAAUGCACUUUCUAUUCUCUGUAAACUUUUUGCAUUGGUGGACUGAUGGCUGAAUAAAAUGUGUUGUGUAACACUU